AAUUAUAUUUUCAUCUGAUUGCCUGGGGAACAAUGGGAGUAUUAGCGAGGUAGGUAGGUAGGUGCAGCAUUGAUCGUGCUUCGGUUGGCAGAGACUUGUCGUGGACUGUUGCAGGCGGUUGUGCUGAAUGACGUUAUCCCGCAACUUGACUUCUGUGAAGGACGACUUACCAUCCAUGGACGUUGUGACACGGUACCCCUCUCCUGAUCACUCGCUGUUUCGACGUUUCGGUGAUUAUCGAGUGUUGAGCUGCUACAGUGACGUGUUACCGAUAAUAUCCAAGAUCGUUCUGUGGUCACAGGCAGGGUAGCUUCAGAUCACCCGGACAGGUAUUACUGUUGUGUGCAAGUGUUUUAUCAAUGGCUGCAGUAGCAAGAUACACGGAACCGCGGGCACACAGUCUGGUUGUCAGUGCAUUUACUGGAUCAGCGUAUCUUCCCAGAAUGUAACAUCGGAUAGCGCCACACGUACUUUGAAAGUUUUCUUCCUGCUUCCAUCGUUGAAAGUCUUUUAUUAAAAAAUCAACGACUCUUGUCAAGGCAUUCAGCAACCUAUAAACACUCCGCCAUUGGCGUCCCACCGGACUCUGCAGCUGCAGCAUGGACGUCAUGGAGUACGUGGACGCUCGCGACGACGACGAGUACCUCGCUGCGCUGGCUAAUAUGGGGGAUCUGAGCGACAUCGACGACGACAUCCGUCCAUCAGCCUGGAGCCCUUCCUUCAGCGAAUGUUCUGACCACACUUAUGCUACGAUGGACUGGGGUCGGCCCCGUGUGGGCAGGGACAGGAACGUGUUUAAGGGGUGUGUGCUAGUGUCCACCCUUCUGGAACAGUACCCCAGACGCUUCAGGACAAGGGCCGUGGCCGUCAAGUUCUCCAAACGCCUGUUCAAAGACGGACUCAUCAGAAGCAUCUUUGGCGCGAGGACUUUCGAGGAUUCUCCUCAAUUGUUCAUGUGGCAAGAUGAUGAGGUCAUCAAGCGGCAGCAUGCUACUAUAAUGACGUCAUCCUAUCCGGCCAAUCACACGCCAGGAUACAGCGUCGUUCAGAAAGAACCACGAGAUAGGUUGGACUAUAAACUUGUGGAAGACGUUAAAAACAAAGUGCUGAACCGGGUUGAUGAUUACAAUAUCGUGUCGUCUUUCAAUAACUUUAUAAGGGAGCUGGAACGAGACUUCCCAGAAGCUAGUCACGGAAAGAAACACGAGAUUCAGCGGUACCCUCCCAGUACCUGGGAUACCGGGGUGAAGCGGGAGAGCACGUGUUCCACUGAUAGUUCGGUGGAUACCCAGACGUACUUCAGACUGCGAGACAGGAACGCUUUCAAGUACGUCCACCCAAUGGCGUCGACAAGGGAGCACUCCGCCAUUCCGGAAGAACGAGUUCUAGAAAAAAACGAAAUGGCGGCAAUAGACUAUGAGAUGACCCCGGGAAUCCCCGGGACUAUAAAUAGCCACACAUCCUCGGGUGGCACUGUGGAGAGUGGCGAGUCUCAGAGACGCUGGGUGGAGCCCAGCUACUCGUACUCGGACAAUGAGAAGCAGCUUAUCGAGGAGAUGAAGAGGAUGAAGAAGGAGCAUCAGCACAUCCUGCGGACGUACGAGGAGAGAAUCAACAAGCUGAUGGCCAAGAUGCACGAGUUGCGGUCCAUUGCAGAGAUGCUGGAGAACUCCAGCACCAAGUCAUCUCCCUAUGGAAUCCUCCCAGCCAAGGCCAGUCUGCUCAACAUCAUCGGGACGAAGUUGGAGGAGGAGAGGAAACAGGCCGUGGCGUUGCUGCAGGAUGGGGAGAUCCCUCCUCCCCUGCCCCCCAGGCCGAGUCGGGGAAACAAAGUGUACCCCAACAAACCCAUCAUCCAUCCUCAAGUCAAGAUGAAGCCACUGCACUGGCACCGCAUCAUACUGACAGAUGUUGGAUCCGAGUCAGGCACUGUGUGGCACAGCAUGCUGGAACCCAAACUGGAUACAGAGGACAUUGAGAGAUUAUUUUCCAAGACCGGCGAUCCUUCGGCAUCUGAUGACGUCACACUGUACGACGAUAUUUACUUCCGGAGAGGUCGCCCAAAACAGCAGCCUGUGGGUAUAUUCGAUAGUGAUAAAUCCCAGCGCGUGACGUUAGAGAUGAAAAAACUACGUCACACACUCAAUGACGUCAUACAGUCGAUGUCAGCCCUUGACAUGUCAUCGCUUCACAAAGACGGGAUGGCUGAUCUGCUUGAGUUGAUUCACGCGCCUCGCGAGUUGGACAAGAUCCUCCACCACAUCAAGCGCAAGGGAGCGAGUAACCUUGAUUGUCCGGAGUACCUGGUGUUUGAGCUGUCCAAGGUGGACCACUUCCGUGAGCGGAUCGACUUCCUGAGAUUCAAACACAGACUUCAGGUCAACUUAUUCGAGAUUGAUCAACAGCUGCGAGAACUCAACACUGCAUGUGAAGAGAUUACAAGCAGCGUUGCCCUGAAGAACCUCCUGGAGACGCUGCUGGCAAUCGGCAACUACCUGAACGGCGGCAGCGCGGAGAGGGGUCAGGCGGACGGCUUCACGCUGGACAUCCUCACCAAGUUGAAGGACUCCACUGAUAGGACGCGGCGUGGCAACUUGCUGGAGUUCGUCAUGAAGACCUACGUACAGCAGUAUGAGAACGACCUUGACCUCGGAUGUCCGACUAGGUUCCGGUUACCCGAACCCUCCAACAUGAGGCACGCUGCACAGGUGUCGUUUGAUGAUAUACACCGGGUGCUGGGCGACCUGAGAGGGGAGGUGAACGCCAUCAGAGAGAGGAUCGAGUCGUUGUCGAAGAGAGAGAGCAGUAACCUCACUCAGACGCUUCGAGUCAACAGCGACAACUUCGCCACCUGUGCCCUGGAGGUGGUGUUCGAGCAGGAGCGAGUGCUGGAGGACAGCAGGAACAGGUUCCUGAAGACAACCUCCUACUUCCUCCAUGACAACCGGAAGUGCACGCCGCACGAGUUCUUCCAGAUCUGGGCUACGUUCCUGCAUGAUUGCAAAUACUACUGGAAGCUGGCGCAUCGGAACCUGGCCAGGAACAAGUUUGAACUGGAGUUUAGGUCCAAGAGUCAGCUGUCGUCAUCCUCAGGCCAGGGAUUCAGCAGCGUCAAGUCCAAGAUGCUGAAGCAUCUCUCUGUGCUGAACGAUGACAAGGACAUGAAGGCUAACCGAGCCCAGCAUCUGAAGCACAUCAACAACUGGAUCGAGUCCGUGGGGAAGUACACCCAGGAGAUGAAGCCCGAGCGCCCCCCUCUGCCACGCGAGGGUGAGGACAAUAAGGAGGUGGCCAGGUACACGUCCCAGCAGCAGAGGAGUCACUCCCCUUCCCCCAAGCCCAUGACCUCCACCCCCCCUAACGUCCACAAGCCGCUUGCCAUCAACAAGACCAGCCCUGAAACAGUGGAGCAGGUUGUCAAGCCUGUUCCUGCAGAACGAACUGCUAACUAUGAGAACCAGCCUCGUUAUGUUGCUAAUUAUGAGAAUCAGGAACAGGCUUAUGAAUCUCUGAAUAAGGCUAGGAUGAACAAUGUUAGAAGUGUUCCCAGUACUGCCGCUACGCCUAGUACACACGCCCAGGAACCUAAGAAAAAUGGGCCGUUUUCUCUCAAAUCGUGGUUGAAAAGAGAUCAGCGCAGUGAUGACGAACAGAUACAAAGUUCGGUUCAGAACACUACUCCAGCUCAACAGCCUAAACCAACCACUUCAGGUAAUCCUUUUGGCAAGCUCCGUAAUACCGUCGUGCAGAAAUUUUCUAACAGUAAUAGUGCUAAGAAAUCCCCCGAGAGCGAGGGUGGUAGGAGGGAGCGGGAAGUGUCACGCGACAGGUGGGCCCAGUCGGAUCAGGAAUCCACGGAGAGGAAGCACAGGGAUGGGAGGAGGUCGCGGAGGGAUGAGGAGAAGAAGAGACACGAGGCGGAGAAGAGGGACAAAGAACUAAGAGGUCAUGGAGUUCAUGGAGGUCACUCCGGCCAGGCGCCUCCCGAUCCUAUACAGGUUUUCCAGGACAAGCUGUCCAGAGACUAUCAGAACCUCAACUACGAGUCCCCAGUGUCGAGGACUUCCACACACUCCGGAAACCAGUCGGUACCAUCAACUCUCAGCAGUAUUCGCAGCAGGGACCAGUCUCCGUCCAAGUAUGAGGUCGCACGUGCAGCCCGAGACAGACAUGGGUCAGGGCAGAGGCACGUGCAACCCGUGUCCGCCUUCUCUGACCACCCCGGUGCUAGUGACGAGAACAAUAACAAGAACACUGCCAAGGUGUCCCCCCAGAGCGGCUCCUCCUACAGAACCAGGGACAGAGCACCCAUCGCUCUAGGGAGCAACAUCAGUAUUUCCGAUGCGUAUACCCGGGCUCACGACGAUCUCGCUCCUCCGGGUCCUCCGGGUCCUCCGGACGCCACUGAUGCGUCUGUGGGACAUUUGAGCAACGUCGAUUCCAAGUGGGUGAAAGCUACGGCUGUGCCCGUGUAUAAGGCCAAGCUGAUUCCUAAUUACGAGAAUCAGACGAAACUUGACCCACGAUUUGACGGCCCGGGGGUCCGAGGUCAAGCUGAGCCGGUUGUCCUGUCUCACCAUCACCAGGAGUCGACGACAUCUGACGACUACCGCCACAUCCUACAGAGGAAGAGUGAGAUGUACGUGUCCCCGGGAUACGGCACCACCCAGAACAUGCAGAAACAGAUGACCCCGGAUCCUCCCCGACCCAGCCGAUCUCACAAGGACUCAAGGAGGAGUGUCAGUGCUGGAAACCUCCCCGAGAGGCAACAUCAUGACCACGCUCACCAGCAAGUUGACCCGCCCCAACCUACUCAUCCUUCAUCAGACAAACGUCUUGACCCACGUGACCAAAGAGGCCCGGCCCAUGCACCGUCCAUCACAUCGCUAAUCGAAAGGUUUGAGAAGAAGCCUGGCGACGAGGGAGGUUUGUCUCGUCAGUUGCAGGAGAACGCCUGGCAGGCAACCAUGGGUCGGUCCACGGAGCUUCAAGGCAAGCCAGUUUCCAUGUCAACUCCUGUCUCGCGGAGGAAGAAUCUAGGUCUGUAUGAGGACCCCCAGGCCCCGACCCCCAGUCGCCCUGACCGGGGGGGAAGGUACAGCGAUCACCCUUCUCCCGCCCAGGCUUCAGUCACCCCCUACCACAGCCACAACAACGCACACUACCACUCAACUCCUGUGUCUCAAUACUCCACCUACCACACCCCGGCGUCUGAGCCCCCUCCCAAACCUGCCCACACGCCACACCACGCGCCGGGAGAACGCAAUGAGGCAUACACCGACCAGCUCAGGAAGGUGGCCAAAAACAGUUCUGUGUUCGACCGCUACGGCAAAACCAAUUCGCCUGGCUACGGCAGACACAACUCCCCAGGUGCAAUGGCUGUUGUGAAGCCCACGAUGUUGCAUCAAGGUGCUGUUUCGUUCAUGGAAAUAUGAUUCCUUGGAUGAAAUAUAUUCAUUAUGACAUCUGUCAUCAAAACUGAUAUUUAAUAAGUGACAAAAGACACUUGUGAAGCAUGGGUGCAUAUGAAUGAACUGAGUGCUGCAAUUGAUUUGAAGAUAUGUUACAAACAGUACGUCACUUAACAUUGAGAUGAAGGUCAAGGACCAUCAUGAGUGUAUGUGUGACCUGACAGCAAGGUGAAGGUCAAGGACCAUCAUGAGUUUAUGUGUGACCUGACAGCAAGGUGAAGGUCAAAGACCAUCAAAAGUGUAUGUAUGACCUGACAGCAAGGUGAAGGUCAAGGACCAUCAUGAGUUUAUGUGUGACCUGACAGCAAGGUGGAGGUCAAAGACCAUCAGAAGUGUAUGUGUGCCUAGACAGUAAGGUGAAGGUCAAAGACCAUCAAAAGUGUAUGUGAGUUACCUGACAGUAAGCUGAAGGUGGAAAAUCAUCAUAAGUGUAUCUGUGUGACCUGACAGUCAGGUGAAGGUCAACGAUCAUCAGCCUUAUAUAUUCACGACCUACCAUGAAGGUCAGAAUCCAUCAGACAAGUGUGUAAAUUGACCUAGAGGUAAAGGUCGGUUAUCAUCAGACGUGUAUGUGUCGGUGAGGGAGACGUGAGGGGUUGUCGAACCAUAUUGUGAUCGUUGUAUUUAUGAACAAUAUUAUCGAACAACCAAGGACCCGCUUCAGAAUGUGGAUGAUUUCUUGAAAAUCGGUGUAUUUCUGUGAUGAGAAUUCCAAGAACAACCGACAUAAUUCUGACUCAUUUGUGAACAAAUCCUCUGUCUGACUGUUCUGACGUCGCUUUGAGCGUAUAAACACUGACCUUGACCUGGAAUUACUUCCGGUUGACCUCUCUAGUGAGGUGAAGUGAUAGAACUGGACCGAUAUGAUAAAAUGGCACCUGUCAUUCUUAUGUUCCACACAAAGUACUUAAAACUCUGUUUGCAUUAGGUUUAAUUUAUGAUAAUUUAUGUUAUACUUGCAAAUCCGUGGAUUGGCCCAACUGCGAUUCGGGUGAACGAAACAUUUAUUGUAUUAUUGUUGAUGUGUUUAUUUCAUUGUUGUUGAUCAUUUCAAGGGUACGUUAGAUAUGUGAAGAUAUUCGAUGUUAUUGUCUCAAAGCAACGCAUUGUUUCUUGAGGCUGUUUAUAUUUGAUAUGUUGUCAUGACAACAGAAACUUGUCCUGGCAACAUUCUAACGCACGUGCUCCUUUGUAAGGUUUAACGAAGAGGGACAUUAAAUGAAUCCCAUGUCUUUUUUAAAGUAUGAUUUUACCAUCAUCCAAUGAAUAAUCUUAACGGUUUAUUUUCUUUCAGUUUUAUGGUUAUUUAUUAACUUUCGCGUGGUAUAUUUACCAUGAAUAGAUUUCGAACAUGACGCUGGAAGAAUUUAAUGGAGAACACACUGUUAAGACGUUAAUGUAAACACACGUGGUUGGUCCCAUCUCACUAGUUGGUUGUCCCAUCUCACUAGUUGGUUGUCACGUCUCACUAGUUGGUUGUCACAUCUCACUAGUUGGUUGUCACGUCUCACUAGUUGGUUGUCACACCUCACUAGUUGGUUGUCACGUCUCACUAGUUGGUUGUCACGUCUCACUAGUUGGUUGUCACGUCUCACUAGUUGGUUGUCACGUCUCACUAGUUCGUUGUCACAUCUCACUAGUUGGUUGUUACGUCUCACUAGUUGGUUGUCACAUCUCACUAGUUGGUUGUCACAUUUCACUAGUUGGUUGUCACAUCUCACUAGUUCGUUGUCACAUCUCACUAGUUGGUUGUCACAUAUCACUAGUUGGUUGUUCACAACUCUGAAAUAACAUCGUCUUCAAGUUGACUUGACACCAGGUUAUAUUUUGGUUGAAGCAUUAAACUUAUCGUAAUACAAAAAUGUAUACAAGUGUAAAUGCACUAUUCGGCUGCUAUCCUAUAACAGAAAACGUCAACGCCAGAGAACAAUCAGUCUUCAUUGUCUGUCGAAACAGAUUCCAUUGAGUGUAAAAGGCAAAAUAGUGGUGACGCUUAACCUAUCCCUGAAUAAUCACGGCUCAGCGAUACUGGGUCCUUUGGGGUCUACCUAGACGAGUUUGCUCCCUUUGUUAAAGGUUACAACAGCAUUCCUUAUAUUGCUCGGUGGUUGUUUGCAGGAAAAGAGGAUGAAAAAACACAAUUGAUACAGUAACAUAAUUCCUGCCUCACUCCGUAAUUGAAAGAGUCACGACGCCCACAGCACAAUACGUUAACCCUUCAGGCCUUCUUGUGCCAGAGAUUUGGUGUCAUUGGUCUCAACCUUAAAAGCAACUUGUUAGAUCAUUUGAAAUUAUUAUGAACCGAGGUUCAUAUCAGAUUUUCACAGUUCGGUGACUUCCGAAAAUAUUUCUCUGAAUUGUAGCCGUGAUUAGUCACUACGUCAUCAAGCUCUCUUUUGUUCGACCUUGUAUCUGACUUCUAUGGUGAAUGUUUGAUGUUUGAUGUGAUACCCGAAAGGGGUAUUGUUUGAAAGGUGAGACCCGACAGGGGCUGUGUCUGAGAGGUGUUGUAGCGCUAUCUGAUUGCAUGUGGUUGUGACGACUAGGUGUUGUAAAGAAUCAAAAUAUUUCACAAGUAAUAUUUUGUCAUUUUACAUGACUUAUUUACAAAUAAAUGGUCUACAAAGAAA